CACCUGCCCACCUCCGGCCCCCACGGCCCAUCCAGCUGCUUCCUGCGCAUCCGCGCUGACGGCGCAGUGGACUGCGCGCGGGGCCAGAGCGCGCACAGUUUGGUGGAAAUCAGGGCCGUCGCCUUGCGGAAAGUGGCCAUCAAGGGCGUGCACAGCGCCCUGUACCUCUGCAUGGAGGGCGACGGCAGGAUGCUGGGGCUGCCUCAGUUCUCGCCCGAGGACUGUGCUUUCGAGGAGGAGAUCCGCCCCGACGGCUACAACGUGUACCGGUCCCAGAAGCACCAGCUGCCCGUCUCGCUGAGCAGUGCCCGGCAGAGGCAGCUGUUCAAGGCCCGGGGCUUCCUGCCGCUGUCCCACUUCCUGCCCAUGCUGCCCAGCAGCCCCGCGGAACCCGUGCACCGAGAGCGCCCCUCGGAGCCUGACGCGUUCUCUUCGCCCCUGGAAACAGACAGCAUGGACCCUUUUGGGAUUGCCAACAACCUGAGGCUGGUGAAAAGUCCCAGCUUUCAGGAAUAA